UGGGUCUGAAAAUGACAGUGGUUUUCUCGUAAAGUGAAACUUAUUUAAUUUGUCGUCUUUGUGCAUGACGUAGCACAACAUGCACCGGGCGGGAGUCAUUAGAUUAUUUAGAUAUGGUCUUCUCGAGGUUCACCGAAUCUGCGGGCGGAGGUCACAGUGUUGUUGUUGCACGUCAGUAGGGCAUAACAAAAGCGAGAGGGACAGAGCAAGACAGACACUGAAUACACAUAAUAGGUUACAUAAUCUGCUCAAAAUUUAUGUCAACGUUUUUAAAACAAGUUGUUGGAAUCAGGCAGCGGUUUCUAGUGCAUUGUUAACAUUGCGAAAUUUAUGUAGCCCUACCGGUAUCACCAUAUUCAGUGGAACAGGAAUGCCUGGUCAACCUAGGCCUAUACUCCAGGCCCAGGUGGCUGGCCUGUCAUGUCUAUGUAGAGGAAUGCACACUGGGAACGAUUUACUAAUGUGGCAUCCUGACAAAGUGAACCACAACAGCUGUAUGCUAAUUGGUAGUCCUUUAUAUCAAACAACUCACAUUCGACAGAUGUCCAAAGGUAGAAAGAAGGCAAAGAGUCAGCAGGAGACAGAGGAUGAAUCCUCUGAUGAGGAGCUUAGUGAAUGGAUGGAGUCUUUGGAGGAAGAGGAGUCAGAGGACACUGCAGGUGCCCCCAAUAAUUUCACUCAGGUCAAAGUUCAUAUGAAAGCUUUACGAGCCGAUGCAGUUGCCAGUGCUGGACUAAACAUGGCACGCAACAAAGUAGAUGAUCUGUUCUACAAAAGCAAACUUCUUUUGAAUGGGGAAAAGCUGUUAAAGAAGAGUUUUAAGAUGGAUGUUGGAGAAUUCGUAGAUGUGGUGACUGGGACAAAAGACAAUGAAACAAUGGUGAAGAGAGUGCAAAUAGUGAAGAUUAUGAAAGAGAAGACAAAAACAGAUAAAUUGAUAGUGAUUCUACGAGUGUGGAAGUCAGAGUUCCCAGUGUCUACAGAAGAUACAGAUGUCUGAAGACAAAAAUGUGUCCGGAAAUCCCCGCGCUAACGUAGCAGAGUUUGCAUUAUCAAAUCAGAAACCUGAAAGUAGCCAACAUUUUCUAAAACACCUCUUUGAAGAAAGUAAUUGUGACAGCCAUAUUGCCCAGGUUCUAUGAUAUUGGGUCAUGUAUUAUGGUUGGUUUAGUGUUACACAACAUGGAAAAUAUGGGUGUAACCCUUGUUAUCCAAAGGGGCAGUUUCAGAAAUGUCAAGCUUUUGCAUUGCCUAGCUGUGUCCUGCCCAUUAUCCACUAGUGAUACAGAAUCCUGAAUUUUGUGUGAAUUUUGAAUAUUAUACUAGUCUGAACACUAUCUGCCCAUCAGUUGGUUGUCAUUCACCCCUAUGGAAGACUUUGUAAGUCCUGAUGUAAUAGAGAUUGGGAUGAAUGCUCUGUCAUAACUGAUCAUGAUAUAUUGAAGAUCCACUGUGAUACAUGUGUGUAUUCAGAUCCCAGUGUGUUACCGGUAUGCCUCAAAGUGGGUACCGGUAUGCCUCAAAGUGGGUACCGGUAUGCCUCAAAGUGGGUACCAGUAAGCAUAAGCAUAAGCAUGCGAUAUGGUUAAUACAAGGUUUCAGUUUUAACUAUAUAUACGUGUACAUUAAACUUCCUCUGCCAUUAAAGCAGAAUGCAUAUUG